AUGCCGCCUCCCUUGCUCAUCCUCUCUCCUCCCACGAUUGGGAACCCCAGGCAACCAAAAAGGUUGGACGAAGCUCAUAGUAGCCCUGGGCUUCACGCUGAUGCGGGACCAGGGCUCGCCGAGGAGUGCGCCACCUUGGGUGGCUGCAGCACUGGGAUGGCUAAGAUGACUAAUGCUUAUGAUCUUCCUGCCAGGUUACUUCACGCCGGUCAGGUACUCAGGUUGAACCGGAACUUGUUCCCGGACAGGUGGAUGGCCUCGCUCAUGGUCUUGCACCGGCCGAAGAGGAACGACGCGUUCCUCAGUUAUGGACUCAUUGCUGGGGAGCUCCUUAAAUUUCCAGUAAAGGAAGGAGCACCAGUUUGUGGUUGGAAUGUCAUCAUGCAGGUGAGAACUGUUGUAUUUCCUGAUAUGUCUCGUGAUCCAGAUAGAGACAAGGCUGGAUUCAUCUUGGAUUGUACUGUCUAG